CUCGCCUCGCCGUCUCAGCUUCGCUGUCGGCCGGAACGCGGCCCGCAGGCCCCGGCAUCCUGGACCGCAGGUGGUUUCCUAAAGAUGGCCAAAUCCAAGGCCUGAUCCCAGCAUGUAUAAGUUUAUGCCAAGUGGAGUAUAGCAUGCCCUGUAAAGCUGUCUUCUGUGACAUGCAGUCUUUUUAAUGCUAGCUGUCUCAAACUUAAAAUGGAAGUUGACAUUAACGGAGAGUCCAGGUCUAUCCUAGCUACUCUCCCCUUGCCUAUUGCUGAGGUUGGUGCCACAGGCAAGGUGGACUCAGAGAAACCUCGUUGUUCCAGCACUCCAUGUUCACCGAUGCGUCAGACUGUUUCAGGCUAUCAGAUCCUCCACAUGGAUUCUAACUAUUUGGUUGGUUUCACAACUGGGGAGGAGCUCUUGAAAUUAGCCCAGAAGUGCACUGUAGGCGAGGAGAAUAAGGUUGAAGUGGUGCCUACUUUGCGCUCCAAACAGCUUGAUUCAGGACUUUCCCGCUCCUCACGGGUGUGUAAAGCUAGAAGCAGAUAUUACCAGCCUUAUGAAAUCCCAGCCAUCAAUGGUCGAAGAAGGCGACGAAUGCCUAGCUCAGGGGAUAAAUGCACCAAGCCACUACCUUAUGAACCAUACAAGUCUUUUCAUGGUCCUUUGCCUCUUUGCCUUUUCAAGGGUAAAAGGGCUCACUCUAAAUCUCUAGACUACCUCAAUUUAGACAGAAUGAAUAUCAAGGAACCAGCUGACACAGAAGUGCUUCAGUAUCAGCUCCAACACCUCACCCUAAGAGGGGACCGUAUGUUUGCUAGGAAUAGCACAUGAAGAUAAAUUAUUGUUGGUUUUUCAUUGCAUCAAAAUCCUCUGAACUAUGUGGACAGACUUGCACAUGGUACUUAAUUCCUGUCAGCAGACCAUAAUUUAAAUAGUAAGAUUAUGAAGAUAGUGGAGAAGGGGAAAAAUCAUAUAGAAGGAACUCUGGGACAAUCCUGACUGCAAAUGUCUUUAGAACACUAUAAUGAAACAGAAGGUUUUGCACAGGGAUAACUCAGAUCCAUGGUGAUGUAACACUCAGAAAUUGUGACUUGUUCCUGACUGGGCUUGCUGUAAGAAAUUACUCAUGGAUAAGCACUGAAAUACACUCUUAAUUCUUAAUAUUAAAACAUAUGUAUU